CUACCGCCACUAGAUGUCGCACAGUUUUCUGAACGCUCUUACAGAAUUGAUCCCUGUGGCUCGCCGUGCCAUGUGAUGCAGGAAGUGUAUGGCCGCUUGUAGUGAGUGCAGCAGAAGAGGGAGCUGGCAAUAUGAAGAACAGAUUCAAUACCAUAGAUAUCCGGGCUGUCAUCUCAGAGCUGCAGGACAGUUUCCUGGGCAUGCGCGUGUACAAUGUCUACGAUGUGGAUAACAAGACUUACCUCAUCCGCCUGCAAAAGCCAGACUCUAAAGCCGUAAUUCUGGUGGAAUCCGGGAUCAGAAUUCACACCACAGAGUUUGAAUGGCCCAAGAAUAUGAUGCCAUCUGGGUUUGCAAUGAAGUGCAGGAAGCAUCUGCGCUCCAGGCGGCUGGUCAGCAUUAAGCAGCUUGGAGUGGACAGGAUUGUGGAUUUUCAGUUUGGCUCCGAUGAUGCCGCUUACCAUCUCAUUGUUGAGCUCUAUGACAGGGGCAACAUUGUGCUCACAGACCACGAGUAUCUCAUUCUUAACAUCUUGAGGUUCCGCACAGAUGAAGCUGAUGAUGUCAAAUUUGCGGUUAGAGAACAUUAUCCUGUUGGCAACGCCAAAGGCCCCGAACCUCUUAUUACCAUGGAGAGGCUAAAAGAGAUUGUAGCAAACGCUCAAAAAGGAGAUCAGCUGAAGAGAGCCCUCAACCCACAUCUCCCUUAUGGAGCUACACUGAUCGAACAUUGCCUUCUGGAAACUGGAUUGUCUGCUAAUGUCAAGGUUGACCAGAUAAGAGAGGAAACGGAUUUUGAAAAAGUUAAUCUGGCGUUGCAGAAGGCAGAGGAUUAUAUGGACAAAACCAUUAAUUAUACAGGAAAGGGCUACAUAAUACAGAAGAGGGAGAAGAAGCCAAGUCUGGAGCCAGAUAAGCCAUCUGAAGACAUUCUAACCUAUGAAGAAUUCCAUCCAUUUCUUUUUGCCCAGCAUAUCAACAGUCCGUACGUGGAAUUUGAUUCCUUUGAUAAGGCUGUUGAUGAAUUUUACUCCAAGCUGGAAGGUCAGAAGAUUGAUAUCAAAGCUCUUCAGCUGGAAAAACAAGCUCUUAAAAAGUUAGACAAUUUCCGGAAAGACCAUGAGAAUCGCCUGGAGUCACUGCACACUACUCAGGAAAUAGACAAGUCUAAAGGAGAACUGAUUGAAAUGAACUUGGACAUCGUUGAUCGAGCGGUGCAGGUCGUGCGCAGUGCCCUGGCCAAUCAGAUAGACUGGUCGGAGAUUGGACAGAUCGUGAAGGAGGCACAAAUCCAGGGGGACCCUGUUGCUCUUGCCAUCAAAGAGCUGAAGUUGCAGACUAAUCAUAUUACCAUGCUGCUUAAGAACCCGUUCAUACUUUCUGACGAGGAGGACGAAGAUGAAGAAGAGUUAAAACCAGAGUCGGAAGAGCCAAAAGGAAAGAAGAAAAAGGGUAAAAAUAAGCAACAGCCAAAGAAAACGCAGAAAAACAAACCGGUUCUUGUGGAUGUGGACCUCAACCUGUCGGCAUACGCCAAUGCCAAAAAGUACUAUGAUCACAAGAGGAAUGCUGCAAAGAAAACCCAGAAGACAGUGGAAGCUGCAGAAAAGGCAUUUAAGUCUGCAGAAAAGAAAACCAAACAGACAUUGAAGGAGGUGCAGACCGUCACCACAAUUCAGAAAGCCAGGAAGGUGUACUGGUUUGAGAAGUUUUUAUGGUUUAUAAGCUCGGAGAACUACCUGAUAAUAGCUGGGCGAGAUCAGCAACAGAAUGAGAUAAUUGUCAAGAGGUAUUUGCGGCCUGGGGACAUCUAUGUUCACGCAGAUCUGCAUGGAGCGACCAGCUGUGUCAUUAAGAAUCCUACAGGUGAUCUAAUACCACCUCGUACCCUCACGGAGGCUGGCACCAUGGCAGUUUGCUAUAGUGCUGCUUGGGAUGCCCGAGUUAUUACCAGUGCCUGGUGGGUUCAUCACAAUCAGGUGUCCAAAACCGCACCGACUGGAGAGUACCUGACAACAGGAAGCUUCAUGAUCCGAGGAAAGAAGAAUUUCCUCCCUCCUUCCUACCUGAUGAUGGGGUUUGGGUUUCUUUUAAAGGUGGAUGAGACUUGUGUUUGGAGGCAUAAAGGGGAGCGCAAGGUGAAACUGAAGGAUGAAGACCUGGAAAGUGUGACGGGAAGUAACUCGGAGCUUGCAGCAGAAGAAACUGAGGCUUUAGAGGCCCCAGAAGAUGGAAGUGAAGACAGCAGUGAGGAGGAACAAGAAGAGGAAUCGCACGAUAACGACCUGCAGGAUAAUUUUGCAGAAGGGACAGCUGAGGUCACAGAGACAUCAGGCCAUGAAGAAUUCAAAGAAGAUGUACACUCAGAGGAGGACAGCGAUAAUGAAAGCUUACAUUCUGCAGAAGACAACCACACCAAUAAAGAGGAGGAUGGAGAUGAACAGACGGACUUCCCUGACACCUCCAUAGACCUCUCACAUCUUCAGACAAAGAGGACCAUGGCCAAGCCAGCAGCUGCAGAGCUUGCGCAACCUCCAGCUGCGAAUGACAAGUCAGUUGGUUGCAAACAUUUAUCAGCUAAAGAAAGACGUGAACUGAAAAAGAAAAAGAAACCGUAUGAUUCAGAAAUAUCUCAACCGUUGGAAGAUGCAGACAAGAUUGAUAAGACGACUGCCAAGUCUCUUCCACAAGAGGGCGCCGUGCAGCCAUCGGUAAAAAGAGGGCAAAAGAGCAAAAUGAAAAAGAUGAAAGAGAAGUAUAAAGACCAAGAUGAUGAAGACCGAGAGCUUAUCAUGCAGUUGUUGGGGUCUGCAGGGACCAACAAGGAGGACAAGGGGAAGAAGGGAAAGAAAGGAAAAGAAAAGGAGGAAACCGCAAAGAAGCAGCCGCAGAAGGGUAAAGGGGGCAACAAGCCUGCAAAGAAACAAUCUGGAGGGUCCACGGAGGUCUUUAUAACACAGAAUUUAGAAGAAAUGACCUUGGAGGAGCAGCAGGAUGAGAAGGAUGAUGCAGAUCAGGAUGCCGCAGGAUCAGAGGAAGCAGAAAAUCUUUUGAACUCAUUGACUGGUCAGCCAGAUGCAGAAGAUAUCCUGCUGUUUUCUGUACCGGUCUGCGCACCUUACACUGCCUUGAUCAAUUACAAAUAUAAAGUUAAACUAACUCCAGGAACACAGAAGAAAGGAAAAGCUGCUAAGACCGCACUGAACAGUUUCAUGCAUUAUAAGGAGUGCUCUGCUAGAGAGAAGGAUUUAUUACGCAGCGUGAAGGACACGGAUUUGUCCAGAAAUAUGCCUGGAAAGGUGAAAGUGUCGGCUCCCAAUUUACUUAAUGCCAAGAAGAAAUGAGAGUCCCAGCAAAGUGGCUGUGCAUAAUGUACAUACAAAAUUCCUCAGGAGCUGCAGAAAAUGGAGGUGAAACCGCUACAAAUUGUAAUUGGGCUCCAAUGUAAGAAACGGCGGGGGUUUUUUUUUUUAAUCAGCUGCACAGAUGAUGUACAAAAUCCUAAAAGAAAGAUGAUUGUAAACAUUCUGAAUUGUGAGUUAAAAUGGAUUGCCACUGCAAUGUAACUGCAGCCA